AUGGUGGAUUGGCGGUUCCUCGUUAUUAUGAUGCAGGGUUUGGGGUUCCAUCCGGUUAUGGUUAAGUGGAUAUGGGAGAUGGUGUCUACUACUUCCUACUCUCUUGCGAUUAAAGGUGAAUCUUAUGGGUUUUUUCGUGGUGGUAGGGGUCUUAGGCAAGGGGAUCCUUUAUCUCCAUAUCUUUUCACGAUCAUGAUGGAGGGAUUUUCUAUGAUCCUUAGGAAUUGUAUUCGGGAGGCUUCAGAUUUUGAGUACCAUCGGGGUUAUGAGGAGCUGGACUGGACUCACCUGUGUUUUGCUGAUGAUUUAUUUGUUUUUACUAAAGGUGAUGUCCAUUCGGUGGAGGUGCUUAAAAAGGCUCUUCUCUCUUUCAACAACGGUCGGGUUUAG